AGGGGAAGAGAGCACCAGGGCUGUCGGCACAGCAGCAAACACCGACAGCCCCGCAUGCAGCAAUCUGCUAAUGUAGUCCGGCAUUGAGAUUUUCACUGCAAGUUGUAUUUUUCAUCCCUCCAAGUACUGUCCGCUUGGAUGACACAAUGAGCUGCAGCAGCGUUGCAGAGUCUGAGUUUUCAGAGGAAGAGUUGGACCUCAGCGCACUUGGCCAAGAGAAGAACCAAACAAGUCCAAAGACGUCAUUUCAAGACAGCGAGAGCUCAACUAGCAGCCCAAGCGACCCGGAGGAGGGCCAGACCAAAAAACGGAAUAGGCCAGUCCGCUCCAAAGCUCGACGAGUGGCAGCCAAUGUUCGUGAGAGAAAACGUAUCAUGGAUUACAACCAGGCCUUCAAUGCUCUACGUGUUGCUUUGAAUCAUGACCUCAGUGGCAAACGGCUCUCAAAGAUCGCCACGCUGCAAAGGGCCAUCAAUCGCAUUUCGGCUCUCUCUGUAUUCCUGAGCACGCACCCUCCCAGCAAGCCUUGCGCCCAUCGGGAGUGUAACAGGUCACUGUCGGGGCCAACAGCGAUGGCAGCAUCUCGACUUGAGCCAACCGGGGGUACCAUCCCUCAUCCGGAGCAUCAGAGUUUCGCUCCCUGGCAUGAGUCCAUCUCUCACCAGAUGCAGCCUCAAGAGGGGCCACACAUGCACAGGCUGUCUGCGGAGCCACACGUCUACAUGGAUAACGGGGUGUCUUCGUGUCCCCCUUCACCACACUACCCUUGUUAUCCUACGGAGGGACAAUUUUAUGCCUCACACAGCCACUGUGGCAGCCCUCAUGACCAUCCGCCUAGCCCUCUGCGGUACUCUCAGGUGGGUGACGGGUUGGGGUAUCAGCCCGGAAUGUGGGGCUCCUGCUCUCAGGGGUAUAUAGACACUCUUGUGGAGCAUUGGGACAUCCCUGGCAGAUGAACUAUUUGCAGGAACUUGAGCACAACCUCUCUGCGGGCUCAGACAGACUGGAACAGAACUUGUGACUGCUAUGGACACCAGUGGACAGUUCAGUGAUCUCAGGGAAGAGUUUGAUGAUUUUUUUUUUUUUUUUUUCACGAUGGCAGGGGGGUUGUUUCUGAUGAUUAAAUCAACUCAGUAUUACAAUUUGCUCUCGUCCAAUAUACCGUAUUUUCCACACUAUAAGGCACACCUAAAAGCUUUCAAUUUUCUGAAAAGCCGACAGUGCGUCUUAUAAUCCAAUAUGCCUUACAUGUGGAUCAAUAUUCAGAUUUCUUGGACAUAGUAAUUUAAAUGUUCUGUCAAGCGCUUUAUUACAGCUGCAGCGGUUGUAAAAGCUCUAUAUAAAUAAAACUGUAAUUGUAUUGUAUUGUAUUUCUUUUAGCAUAGCUCCAUCUAGUGGAUGCAUCAUGCAACCACAGCCACUAUUCUGGCUUCUAUUCUAUGCGCCUAAUAAUGCGGUGCACCUUAGAUAUGAAAACUGUUUUAAAAAAGGCCAUACAUUAAAGAUGCGCCUAAUACUCUGAAGCACCUUAUAGUGCGGUAAUUAAAAGAUAUGCAUAAAUGCAUAAUGAUCAUCUGGAGAAUGAAUCAUGUAAGAGAAUGUUUGACUCUAGAACACACAGAAUAAUGUCAUCGCCAAGCACGUCACUACAAAUUUUGAAGUGGUCAAC